AUGGCUGGCGAUGUGAAAAAAGAUGUUUUAUCUAUCAGUGAAGAUCGCUCAACGGUAUCGAAAUUUGAUGAAAAGACUCGUAAAUUUACGACAAGCAAAAUCUUAAACGUCUCGAAUGAUUCUCCAAUUACUACCAGCAGUUCUCGACUUCAAUGGCAACACUACGAACUAUCUCAACAAGCAUUACCAAAACGAAUCGUUUCUCCAAUGUUACCUCAAUCAACCUCGUCAUAUACUUCAUCUAUUGAGCCGACUACGUAUACACCGAAUUACGAGCAAAAUCAAUCGAAUCCAAUUGGUCACAACGAUAUCACUGAAGAUCUUCAAUUAUUAAUCGAACAACGUCUACCUGAUCUAUGUAUUCUCGAUGGUGAACCAUUUCGAUUUACAAAAGGUGCGAAGUUUUAUUGCACAGUGAAAGACAUUUUAACUAGUGACGGUGAAUUUUGGGUUGAACGAGAAUUAUCUUCGGGAAAUGAACGUAAAUUUCGUCAAUUUAUUGAAAUACUUUCCUUAGUUGCUGUUAGUUACGAAUCUCUCAAACACGUUUAUGUCGGUCAGUUAGUUGCCUUACAUUAUGAAACAUCGUGGCAUCGAGCAUUGAUUGUAUCGAAAAGUGAAGGACCAACGAAUACGACACAACCAAGCGCUCGUGUACGACUUGUUGAUUAUGGUUCAUCAUUAUAUGUCAAUGUUUCGCAGUUGAAAUGUGAAGCAGUCAAACCCACUUUUUCCGAUACAAUACGUUUAACAUUUAAACAACUUGUUUUAAACAAACGUUUACGUGCUACUGUUUAUGAUAGGGAUGGUACUCGUAUUUGUAUAUUACUGAAAUGUCAAACUGAUGAAGGUAAUAUCAAUGUUUAUCGAUAUCUACGUGCACAUGAACAUAAAUCUCCACAUGGUCGAAUGCUAGCCGAUGGAGAAAUUAUUACUUGUCUACGCAAUACAAUAUUAAGUAAUACAAACAACAGUUAUUUCGAUCAAUCGAUUCAAUCAAACCGAACAAUCAGCUUAACACUACCAACCCUGACACCGCCAUCGCCGAUCAAAUUAACACGCGACCAGUUACAAAUUAGACGGGCUGAAAUCAAUAAAAUCUGCAAAGAACCAUCGAAUGAAAACAACAUACAUCGUAUUCACUUCAAUUAUGGGAUUAGAAGUAAUCAUCCACCGUAUUCACCGUCGUCGCAAAGUACACCAUUUUCGGCUGGUACUGUGAUUACGCCAAUACCACACUUAUCAUUCAUUCCGCAGUGA